AUGAGCUCAGCAGCAGUCCUGCCAAACACAAGUGGAGACUCUUUGAAAAAGAGACAACAACCAAGCAAGCCAAGUAUUAAAAAAGAACCUGGUUGCGAUGACGGUAAUGUAAAUGAAAACAAACGACGUGGAGACAGAAAGAAUCACAAAAGUAGUAGCUCUAAGUCAAGGUUUGUUGAAUACAUUACACCUUCAGAAGUACAAGAGGGUUUAAAGAGUGGAACACUCUUUGAAGGUAUUCUUCAUGUAAAUCAACAAAACAGACAGUUAGCUUUUGUUGUUUUAGAUGAUCCAGUUAAACAAAAACUUCAACAUGACAUGGAUGUCAGAAUUAGUGGAGAAGCAAGAAGAAACAGAGCUCUCCAUGGUGACAAGGUAGUUAUUAAAAUUGAUGAAAGAAGUGAGUGGACAGAAAGAAAAAUCUCACUCAAUCAACACCAAAGGUGUGACGAGCCUGGAGGUGAAUAUGAAGAUGAAGCUAAUGACGGUAAUGAAGAAGAAAAUGUACCUUCUGAUAGUUUCAAGAAGGUAUUCCAACCAACAGGUAGAGUCGUAGCAAUCAAAGAAAAGUCAAAGAAAAGAGAUUUUGUUGGUUUCUUGACAACCUCCAGAGAAAAUGGAGUAAUUGACCAAGCAGAUCAACACUGUAUCUUUAUUCCAUUAGAUAAGAGAUGUCCAAGAAUGGUUGUUCCAUUAUCUCAAUGCCCUGAAUCAUUUAAGACUAAUCCAAAUGGUCAUGGUAUGGAGUUAUAUGUAGUACAAUUUGUUACUUGGAAUGAAAAGUCAACACUUCCAUAUGGUAAAUUGAUCAAACAUUUGGGAAGAGCUGGUAAUCUUGAAACAGAUUUAGAAUCAAUCAUUAUUGAUUUUGAAGUUGAUACAUCUUCUUACACAGAGAAGGUUAUUGAUGAAAUCAAAUCAGAUUUAAAUAUCCAGUCCACCAAUGAUUGGACAAUUCCAGUAGAGGAAUUAGAAAAGAGAAAGGAUGCUAGAGGUGAAAGAGUUUUCACUAUCGAUCCUAAACAUGCAAAGGAUUUGGAUGAUGCCAUUUCCAUUAGCAAGUUAAAUGAUAAUCUUUUCAGAGUUGGUAUCCACAUUGCAGAUGCCUCUUAUUUUGUAGCAGCUGGUUCAAAGCUCGAUAGAAUUGCUCAACGUAGAGCAACUAGUGUCUAUUUGGAACACUUAAUUGUUCCAAUGCUUCCUCACUUCCUUUCAGAUGAUAUUUGCAGUUUAUUGCCUUCAAAGGACAGAUUGGCAUUCAGUAUUUAUGUUUUAUUGGAUGCCAAUGGUGAAUUGGUCAAAGAUCAAGAAUCUGUUUUCCAAAAAUCUGUUGUGAGAUCAUGUGCCAAAUUGAGUUAUGAAAUUGCUCAACAAGUUAUUGGUGGUGAAAUCAAAUCAGAUUCUGAAAUUUCUCAAGAUAUUUGUCCAAGAGAAGGAGAUAUUUUCUGCCCAAACCUUGGUGGAUCUUUAGUAGAAGAUAUCACCAUGCUUCAUAAACUUGCAAUGAAGAGAAGAGAGAGUAGACUUGAAAGUGGUACUCUCUCCCUCAACAAACCAAGAAUUCAACUCGAAUUAUCAGAGGACAAUCAAAGUGUCAAAUCCAUCAAUGUAAAGGAAGAAAAGGAAAGCAAUAAUAUGAUUGAAGAGCUUAUGCUUUUGGCUAACUAUUUGGCAGCUGAAAAGUUAUUGAAAUCAUCCAAUGAUACUGUUUUACUUCGGUCACAUGGAAGUCCAUUGGAGAAGAAGAUGAGUGAUUUUAUUGACUUUUGUAACAGUGCCAAGUUAGACAUUAAUGUAGAGUCUGCAGCAGAACUUGAUAACAGUCUUAGAAGCAUUACUGACACUGAAGUUUCAGCAGUAGUUAAUCUUGAGGCAACAAAAGCAAUGCAAACAGCCAAAUAUUUUGCUUACUCUGAUAAGAAUAACUGUCUUUCAACCCAUCACUAUGCUCUUAACGUUCCAUACUAUACUCACUUUACAUCGCCUAUCAGAAGAUAUUCUGAUAUUAUUGUACAUAGACAAUUAGAAUCAGCUCUUUUUGCAUCACCAAUUCCUUAUACAUAUGAAUUGAAGAAACUUAUUGAUAUUUGUAAUAAGAAAUCAACAUUGGCAAAGAAGGCUGAAGAACAAACCAAACAUAUUUAUUUUUGCCGUUACAUUGAAGAAAAUCCAGAAAUUGCUAAAGUUUCAGGUAUUAUCAGAGGUUUGAGUGGCAAGACCAUUAGAGUAGUAGUUCCACAUUUUUCUUUGGAAUGUAAACUUCCAAUUGAUUCUUUCAGAUCUAGAAUCAAGGACAAGAAACAUGACAAGGAAACAGGAAUUCUACACUGGACUUGGACUGAAACUGAACAAGAAGAAAAAUUACGUCUCUUUGACAAACUUCCUGUUAGACUUUAUGUUAAGAGAUUUAAUCCAAUUCCUGAAAUUUGCAUUUCCUUGGAUAAAUAGAAAAAAUUAAAAUCUGUGAAUAAAAAAUUAAUUAAUUCUA